UGGAAGGCAAAACCGUUUCUUCGGCGGUGGUUUGGGUUCUGGCACAGGGGCGCUUGUGUCGGGUCUCGUGAACACUGGAGCGAAUUUCCUGAAUCAGCUGGCUUUCCAAGGUGCCGGAGGGCGACCAGGCUUUGGUGGCAACUUCGGCAAUCGACCUGGAGGUUUCGGAACAACCGGCUUUGGUGGCAGCAAUUUUGGCAACCGACCCGGAGGUUUUGGCGGGAGUAACUUCGGAACAGGUUUUGGCGGAAACAAUUUCGGAACAGGCUUUGGCGGGAACAACUUCGGCAACCGACCCGGUUUUGGCGGGAAUAACUUCGGCAACCGACCCGGUUUUGGCGGGAAUAACUUCGGCAACCGACCCGGAGGUUUUGGCGGAAGGCCCACAGGUUUUGGCGGAAACCAGUUCUUUACAGGUAAAUAGAGAAAUGCAACUGUGCCCACUGCAUCUACAAACAAGAGGAUUGUAAAGCAUUUCCUUAUGUGUCUUUUUGCUAUGAACUAUGUAGAAAGAAAUAAAAUAGUGUUACAACUGUUUAUAUGCAUGUAUUAAUGGGAAUCAGUUUAUCACUGGUAAUAUUAAUCAUAAACACAUAUAAAUACAAAUCGGAAUUAGAUGAGCAUACUCUUA